AUUUUAUUUAUAUGAACAUCUAUAAUAUCUCCGUAAACGUGCACUCGUGCACUGUUACACGACCGGACCGUAAUAUCCGCUGGUCAAAAAUAAUCCAUAGAAAUGUUGUUUGGAUCGUAUACAGGAACCUUAACUUAGCAUCGAGCAUCAAAUACAUUUGCUCUAUGGUCGAGUAAUUGUCAAAUCAACGCAGAGACGUCAAUUUGUAGCAGACAUUAUCCACAUCGUUAAUUGAUCACAUUAUAGCAAAUUCAGCACGAGGAGCUUGUACAUUUGUUAAUUUUACACUUUUCGUUAAUUUAAUCAGUAAACAAGAUGUACCCCGUUGGUCAACCUCCAGCGGGGGAAACGAGUGGUGGUGCAGUGGGUGUAUCGGGAGGGGUGAGCACGGCGGCGGGGACGACGGGCACAGCGCCCGGGGCGGCCAGCACGGCGGCCACCACGGGCACGCCGGGCGCCGCCGUGGCGCCAGGCGCGGGCACCAUGGCACUCGUGUCGCCGGUUGCCGCGCCGCCGCCCGACCUGCCCGUGCUCACAUGCCCGCGGCGUCCCAAUCUUGGCCACGAGGGGAGGCCCAUCAUGCUUAGAGCAAACCACUUUCAAAUAUCCAUGCCAAGAGGAUAUGUCCAUCACUAUGAUGUUAAUAUACAACCAGAUAAGUGUCCACGAAAGGUGAAUAGAGAAAUUGUAGAGACUAUGGUUCAUUGUUAUAAUAAGAUAUUUGGUGCCCUCAAGCCAGUGUUUGAUGGCAGAAAUAACCUUUACACAAGAGAUCCUUUGCCAAUUGGCAAUGACAGAGUAGAACUGGAAGUCAUCUUGCCUGGAGAAGGCAAGGACAGAGUUUUUCGUGUGACAAUCAAAUGGGUAGCUCAGGUUUCAUUGUUUGCAUUAGAAGAAGCUUUAGAAGGUCGGACAAGACAGAUACCAUAUGAUGCCAUUUUAGCAUUGGAUGUGGUAAUGAGGCACCUGCCAUCAAUGAUGUACACCCCAGUGGGGCGCUCAUUCUUCUCGUCCCCUGAAGGCUAUUACCAUCCUCUGGGUGGUGGCCGAGAAGUCUGGUUUGGUUUCCAUCAGUCAGUGAGACCAAGCCAAUGGAAAAUGAUGCUUAAUAUUGAUGUAUCUGCCACUGCAUUUUACAAGGCCCAACCGGUCAUUGAGUUUAUGUGUGAAGUAUUAGACAUUCGGGACAUUAAUGACCAAAGAAAACCAUUGACUGAUUCACAAAGAGUGAAGUUCACGAAAGAAAUAAAGGGUUUGAAAAUUGAGAUCACUCACUGUGGCACCAUGAAGAGGAAGUACCGCGUAUGCAACGUCACGCGGCGGCCCGCACAGAUGCAAUCAUUCCCGUUGCAACUAGAGAAUGGACAAACUGUUGAAUGUACAGUCGCGAAAUAUUUCCUAGAUAAAUACAAAAUGAAGUUAAGAUAUCCACAUUUACCCUGCCUGCAAGUCGGACAGGAACACAAGCACACAUACUUGCCCCUGGAGGUGUGCAACAUUGUCCCAGGACAGAGAUGUAUCAAGAAAUUGACAGACAUGCAAACGUCAACCAUGAUCAAAGCCACGGCCCGCUCGGCACCCGAUAGGGAGCGUGAAAUCAACAACUUAGUGCGUCGCGCGAACUUCAACACGGACCUGUACGUGAAGGAGUUCGGGCUGACCAUCUCCAACAACAUGAUGGAGGUGCGCGGGCGCGUGCUGCCGCCGCCCAAGCUGCAGUACGGCGGCCGCGUCUCGUCGCUCGGCGGGCAGGCGCUACCCAACCAGGGCGUGUGGGACAUGCGCGGCAAGCAGUUCUUCAUGGGCGUGGAGAUCCGCGUGUGGGCCAUCGCCUGCUUCGCGCCGCAGCGGACCGUGCGCGAGGACGCGCUCAAAAACUUCACCCAGCAACUGCAAAAGAUCUCAAACGACGCGGGCAUGCCGAUCAUCGGGCAGCCGUGCUUCUGCAAGUACGCGACGGGGCCCGACCAGGUGGAGCCCAUGUUCAAGUACCUCAAGUCCACCUUCGUGCAGCUGCAGCUCGUUGUCGUCGUGUUGCCCGGGAAGACGCCUGUUUACGCGGAAGUAAAGCGUGUCGGCGACACAGUGCUCGGCAUGGCGACGCAGUGCGUGCAGGCCAAGAACGUGAACAAAACGUCGCCGCAAACCCUCAGCAAUCUAUGCCUCAAGAUCAACGUCAAGCUGGGCGGCAUCAACUCCAUCCUAGUGCCGUCGCUGCGUCCUAAGGUGUUCAACGAGCCGGUGAUCUUCCUGGGCGUGGACGUGACGCACCCGCCGGCGGGCGACAACAAGAAGCCGUCCAUCGCGGCGGUGGUGGGCAGCAUGGACGCGCACCCGUCGCGGUACGCCGCCACGGUGCGCGUGCAGCAACACAGGUCAUUCAAUUACGAAGAUCGGGAAUCACAAGAGAUAGUUCACGAGAUGAGCAGCAUGGUGCAGGAGUUGCUGAUCAUGUUCUACAAGAGCACGGGCGGGUUCAAGCCGCACCGCAUCAUCAUGUACCGCGACGGCAUCUCCGAGGGGCAGUUCAUACACGUGCUGCAGCACGAGCUGACUGCUGUGCGCGAGGCGUGUAUUAAGUUGGAGGCAGAAUACAAGCCGGGCAUCACAUUCAUCGUAGUCCAGAAGCGGCAUCACACGCGGCUGUUCUGCGCCGACAAGAAGGAGCAGUCCGGCAAGUCGGGCAACAUCCCCGCGGGCACCACCGUCGACCUCGGCAUCACGCACCCCACGGAGUUUGACUUCUACCUCUGCUCGCACCAGGGCAUUCAGGGCACGUCGCGGCCGUCCCACUACCACGUGCUGUGGGACGACAACCACUUCGGGUCGGACGAGCUGCAGUGCCUCACGUACCAGCUGUGCCACACGUACGUGCGCUGCACGCGCUCCGUGUCCAUCCCCGCGCCCGCCUACUACGCGCAUCUGGUCGCCUUCCGCGCGCGCUACCACCUCGUGGAGAAGGAGCACGACUCGGGAGAAGGCUCGCACCAGUCCGCGUGCAGCGAGGACCGCACGCCCGGCGCCAUGGCGCGCGCCAUCACCGUGCACGCCGUCACCAAGAAGGUCAUGUACUUUGCUUAGAGUACCUGCGCCCUACUCCCUGCGCCCUGCACCCGUCGGCGCGCUCACUAGGGUCAAGGUGAGGUGGGCCCGCCUAUAGCGACACUUAAACUAAUGACAUUCAUUUAAAAUCAAAUAAAAAAUAUAUAGGCUCACCUCACACAAUAAGGCGGAAACCUGCUGCGGUGCACGCUUUACACAAUAAAUGAAGUACGGGUCGGACCCGCGAUGUUCCGUGCGCCGCUGUGGGCUCAAGUGCCAGUCGAGCUCCUCAAUUAAGUUGCUUUAAUCUGACCAAUCAGCGAAUCGGAAAGUGACAAAAAUAUAAGAUGACCCGUUAUAUUUUUCGGUAGAUUUGGACGCGAUUAGUUAUAAUUAGAUUAUAGAUACGUCGAAAGAAAUACAUUUUAUGGCUGUUAAUAAGGCAUAAACAGGCGUAGCGUGACGUAAGGAUACUCUCAAGAGCAAUGAAAACGAGGCACGUUGUAUAGAAUUUACGUAGAAAAUGACACCUUUUCAUUGUUGUUCAUUAUAUUGGUGUGACUCACUCAACGUUAAAGUCAACUAUAACGUUGCUCUUAAUGUAAACGCUGAAGUAGUGACACUCUAGGUUAUAUUAAAUAAAUUGUGUAAUGGCGAGCUGGAUGAGGUCGCACGAUCGAUGUCAAACAUAUGUUUUCUCUUUUGCGCUUUAUUCCUUUUUAAUAAGAUCAAAAUCUGUAUAUAAAUAAAUGUUUGUCGUCGACCGUACAGUGGCUAGCGGUGCAAUGUAAACUGGUCGAUGCGUGAUCUAGGCAGCCGGAGCCCAUAUCAGCUAUAUUUGUACAUUGGUUGUUGUUCAAGGGUUAUUUUAUAGAUUGUACGCGUGCUGUUCACAAAUCGUUUCUCUCUGCAGUUAUUAUGUGCCUUUAAGAACGGUGUAACUAGAAACUCAUUAAGCAGCCUUAAUGUAAUCAAUGAACUAUAUCUUUGAAAUGGGUCGAUUUACUUUCCAGCUAUGGAUUUAGUACUCUAAGUAAUAAUUAGUAUAAUGUGUUAUGUAUCAAUUCGCUGUGAAUUUGAGUGUCGUGGUUUAAUACUAAGUUCCCAGAAUGGCCAUCUAAAGACGUUAUAUGUGACCUUAGAUGCUCAACAGUGAAAUGAUUUACUUAACAAAGCAAUUAAGUUCAAUGUGAACUGUUUUCAGUCAUGAAGUAUUAUUGUCGGGUACAAAGGCGUGUUACGUGCGCUAGUUUCAUAUGUAUCUGCUACAUACAAAUCAAUUAGCCUUAUUUAGAUAUUUAUCACCCCUUUUAAUUUGUCACAAAUUCAUUUUAUCUGAAUCGCGGUUUAUUCUAAAAGCAAUUUUCCCUUUUCCCCUCGGAAUCUGCCUCCUUUUUGUAGUAUCGUAUGGGAAAAAGACUCGUUCCUUUUAUUUUUGGUCAUAUUAUUAUAUAUGUUAUCAUGAUAUCUGACAUAACUUAUGGUAAAAUAGAGUUGAUGCUGAAAAUAUGGCAGUUAACAUAUAUACUUGUCAUCAUGUUUUUAAGUUGUUUGCAUCUUUUUGCAGCUGUUAUCAAUAGUAUGCCCUGGCUUACGGUUAUUCGAUCUCAUACUCCCACGCAAUAGUUUCGUGCUAUCCAAAUAAAGUAAGUUAAAUCGUAUCCAAGUAUAUUUCCAAAAAAGUUAAUCGAAUUAUAAGUUCUACUCAUUGCGAGCCACUUUCUAUUUUAUUUAGUUAUAAGUAGCAAACUAUGUUGUGGAAAUGGCAUCUCGCGUUAUUUUAAUAUGACGUUGAAACAGGUUCUUCGCUUGUUUCGUGAAUGCAGCAAUAUCGGUGACGAUUCGCGAACGUCAGUGCUGUUUCACAUUGCCCUGCAAUAAUCGUAUCGGCUAUUGUGCAACCGCGCCCUGCACUUAUUGCACUGCGCUGGAUGCUAUAAUUGCUAUAGUCUUUGUUUUACGAUUGUUUUUCGUGGGAAAGCUGCUGUGCUAUUCUUGUUACUUAAAUGUCUGCCAAAUGUCUAGUGUAGGAGUGUUUGCACUCUCGAUUCAAUAUUCAUCAAUUAGAUUUAUUUUAAUAAGUUAUUAUAAAUGUAAUUAUGAAUCUAAACAAGGGAAAUAAUCAUUAUUAGAGGUAAGUGCACUUCAAACUGGGUUAAAAGACCUUCACUCGUGUCUGCCGGAAUCGCUGUCGUUCAAAUAUUAUUCUUAAUAGAUAAUGAACUAUUUUCGAAAGUUGUAAUAAGAAUCAUAUAAUAACGCCAAUAAAACAUCUGAGGGUAUCUCGUUUAAGGAAUAGUGUAAGAAUGUUUUAACUUAUCAAAUUAUUGUACCCGUCGUGUUGAGCUUCGACUUAAUAUACACAUUAGAUUAAGAUUAUUAAUUUUAAAAUGUCGCCCGAACUAAUUUUAAUGGUGACAAUGAUUGAAAUAUUAUUGCUUUAAGUUAACAUAUCCAGUUUUAUCAAACAAUCAUUAAUAGAAUCACUACCUACUUAAAACUGGCUCAAGAUGCCCUCUUUUUAUUUUACUAGGAUUUAGCAAUAUUAUUAAUUUCUUAUUCUACGAAGUGUAGUUUUUAUACGCGGUUAAAGUUCUUUAACCAAAAACUUAAACUUGACGCUGAAUAAGGUACUUACCUAAAUAUUUAAAAGCAGACCGCGAGAAUCACCGAGUUUUAUUAAUUAAGUAUGUUGUUAGCUGUAGGCGCUCGAACAUCUAUAUUAUAGACGUAAAUGUUAGAUGUAGCUCCCAACAAAAACCGCAAUCCCCCUCGAGGCCAAAAAAUAAGGUUGUUAUACCGCCUUUUUAGUUAUAAGCUUUUUUCUAUCUUAGUUCUAUUUUGUGGAUAUCUAAUAUCGAUUAUAGUAACUUAUGGCUCUUAAAUGUAUUAUGAACUUUUAAAAGGAUUUUAGGAAUCAAGUUAUAGAUGCCGAUUUUUUGUUUAUUCUCAGAAAGUUUUCUUGCAAUUCCGUUGUUCAUAUCAUAACAAGAUUUUCAUACGCAGAAAUUAUGUUAACAAUGUUAACAUACAAUAAAAGUGAGUCAGGAUGGCAGGUGUAUGUACCUAAAAAAAAAAAACAAAGAGAACCCUAUUAUCAAGAAAAAGGGUUUUUUUUUCGAAGAAUCACUUGAUACGGCGCCUAGCCUAUUUUAAGACAUAACUUUCUGAGUUAAUUGAAGUUAUCAGAUUAAACGUGAAGGUACUAAUUCCUGGCGCAAUAAAAAUAAUUGUACCGUAGCGUUUUUGCCUUAAAAAUCAAAUUGGUAAGGUGAAAAAUGGUAGGGCCUGCAAAAACGUAAUAGCAAUGUAAUCAGUAAAAUGAGUAAAACUUGGAAACCACAAAUAAAAUGGCUCAUUUUGUAAUUGAAUAUGAAGGUACAAAAAUUUGGUUUUUAUAGAAUUUAUCGAUAAUCGCGGGAUCAUUGUGUAAUAACUUUAAAGUACAGGCAGAUUUUUUUAAGGACGUACUAAAUAGUCCAUAUUAGGUAAAAAGAUAUGGUAUGCUUUUCUUUUAUUUUGGUACUCCCGCCAUCCUGACUCUCAUCAAUAAAAUUGUAACACGUCUUUUGGUAAAGUUUAUCUCAAAAGCAUCGGUACCACCGUCUCAAUUUACAUUGCUAAUAUGACGUUUUUAUUUUAUGUGCCUAUAUAAAUUGUUUUUUUUUAUAAGGUAUCCAGAUAGGAAUCCUGAAAACUUUUUAAGAGGCACGCGAGUAAGUUGCGGGCCUUCAGAAUUUUAGGAUGUAUAUUUUAUGUUUUUGAUUUAAGAGUUUUGCUGGAUACAUUACGACUUUGUAGUUAGACUGAAGAAUAGGAGAGAUAACAUGGGAUGUAUCUUAUCUCUCUUACUCCUAAUAUCAUCUUAAAAGUAAACUUCCUAAUACAUGAUAAUUGAUACACAUGUUGAUACCUAAUAUCGCGUCGAAUGAUGGUCCCAAUAACAGAAGACAUAUUGUCUUUACCGUAUUUUUAGUACUUAUUUAAAUGUCACAUUUCUAAAUUCAUAAAUGUGCAAAAUUAUAAAAAAACCUGGCAAGUGCGAGUCGGACUUGUGCACGAAGGGUUCCGUACCAUUAUUUAAAAAACCGGCCAAUAGCAUGUCGGGCCACGCUCAGUGUAGGGUUCCGUAGUUACUCUUCCGUCACAAUAAGCUAAACUGGAGCUUAAAGUAUAGUAAAUUGUUAACCAAGGGAUGAUACGGUACCUUUCACCCGAGGUAAACAAAUAGGCAAAUUUGCAUAAUCAGUACCUAAUGAAAGUACUUACCUAAGUCUUUUUACUAUGAAGGGGAAACUUUUUGCGAUAACUUAAAAACAGCUAAACUGAUCAUGUUCGCUAUAGUUUUCAUUUAAUGUAUUUGUUAAGCUCUACUUCCACGAUUUUUUUUCAUAUUUUUUGGACCUAUGGUUCAAAAGUAGAGGGGGGGGGGACAUAUUUUUGUUUUCUUUCGGAGCGAUUAUCUCCGAAUAUAUUCACUUUAUCAAAAAAUGUUUGUUGAAGACCCCUAUUAGUUUUGAAAGAC